UCAUACAUUGAAAGUGAAUAGACAUUGUGUUGUAAUAUUGAGAUUAACAAAGUUCAGACGAACCUAAAAAAAAAGUGUUAUUGUGUUGCGAAGUAGGUCGUAGUUAUUGCGGCGAUGUUAAAAGAUGGUGAUAGUGUGUAAAAUUAAAGGAAAAAAAACAGAUUUAUAAAUAACAGAAAUACAGAGUACUAUUUCUUAAGUUCUUAAAUUAUCUUAUUAUUUUUCAAUUAUAUUAUAUCAUCAAGUUUAUUAUGGCACGGGACUAUGAUCAUCUUUUCAAGCUGCUAAUAAUAGGAGAUAGUGGUGUUGGAAAAAGUAGCAUAUUGCUAAGGUUUGCUGACGAUAUGUUCUCAGGAUCUUAUAUAACAACAAUUGGCGUUGAUUUCAAAAUUAGAACAAUUAAUAUUGAUGGUGAAAAAGUCAAAUUACAAAUCUGGGACACUGCAGGACAGGAAAGGUUUAGAACAAUAACUUCUACUUAUUAUCGAGGCACUCAUGGUGUAAUUGUUGUUUAUGAUGUGACUAAUGCUGAAUCUUUUGUCAAUGUUAAAAGAUGGCUUCAUGAAAUAGACCAGAAUUGUGAUGUAGUAAACAAAGUCUUAGUUGGUAAUAAAAAUGAUUGUUUAAAGAAUAAAGUUGUUGAUACUCAAGAUGCAAAAACUUUUGCCGCUCAAAUGGGAGUUGAAGUAUUUGAAACAUCAGCAAAAGAUAACCUUAAUAUUGAACAGGUGUUUAGUCAUAUUACGGCAAUGGUUUUAUGUUCUAAACGUGAACAACAAAGUAAAGUAUUAGAACAAAAGCAUUCUCAAGGAGGAAUGAAACUAGAAAAAAACAAACAAAAAAAGAAAUCUGGUUGUUGCUGAUUCAAACAUAAUUCUUUUCUUUUUUACUCUCUUCAAUUGUAAUUUUACCUAUUGGUGAUGCAUUUUAAAAUCCUGCUGAAGCAAAGUCGUGUCUGUGUAAAACAUAAUUUCAUUUUAUUGUGUAAUUAAAUUAUGAAGGAAAAAAUUGAAGUUAAUGAAAA